AACGCAUAGUAGUGUUCGUGAAGUUUUUCAUAUUUGAAGUUCACUUGCUUCUUAAAAAACCGAAUAACUUUAAAUUGUAAUGAUUUAAAGUGAAGCAUGUUCAUCUUUUUCCUUAAUCUAUGUCUUAUAGAUUAGCAGACAAUUUCUUUACAUUAGGGGAGAUUUAAAUAAUUUUUGUUGGAGAAGAUGGAGGAUGGAAUGGAUGAUUCAUCCAGCAAUGAAUAUGAUUCAUCAACGGACUCCUCAGCUGCUUCCUCGCAAGAAGAUUCAUCGCUGGGUGGCUCCGACAAUUCAUCCUCCUCAUCUGAGGAAUCGCUGGAUCCCCUCACUAAACUUGAAGACUGCAAGGUCAAUGGCACAGUUUUACAACUUCCUCAAGGUCUCUGUGAGCAAGAAGAUGUAUUUCAACAACUUUUAUCUCAUGAAACAUGGAAGAAUUUAUCUUCAGCCAAUAGGGAGCAUCUGAAGAAAUUUCUUCCAACUUUUACAUCAAACAAUGAUGCGGAGCAAGAAGCCUCUCUGCAACUGCUUUUCAGUGGGGAAAACAUGAGGUUUGGAAACCCUCUCAAAGAUUUCCAUCGGAAUUUGAAAAAUGGUUAUUACAGACCUGAUAUUGCCCGAAUGAGAUGCUUGUUGAAGAAGGCACUCAGUAGAGAAUAUAAUUACAGCCAAAAGCGCUAUUAUUUUCGUGUUAUGAAGUCAGUGUUGGUAUCAAGACAAAAACUUCUUCAAGCUGCAAAUAUUCUACCCCCUGGAGUUAAUCCCAAAGUUCCCAAAUUACCGGCCCCCCCACGCACACAACAUCUAUCUACAAGGGAAUUUCGUACAAGGCGAAGGUAUUUCCAGGAGCUGCGUGCUGUUAGACAAGAAGUUGGUGAAUCCGGCCAUAGUUCUGAUGAUGAAAACUACCCAGAGGGCCCACCAGCUCAAAUGAAUAAAAAGCUAAAACGUAGGCUAUCUGUACUAGAAACAUCUUUGUGUCCUGAAAUGAGAAGAGUCGUGUCUACAUUAGCUGCUAAGCCUGCUGGCUUGGACUUGGCGGCCAAUGUUACUGCAUCAAAUAAUCCGUAUGAAAUUUCUGAUGAUGCAUACCGUAAUAUGCUUGUUCGUCACAAGAAGCGAAGAUUAGCUGGAGAUGUCCAUCCUGAAUUAAACUGCCUAGGAAGAAGUUUGCAUGAUGUUGUGGAUAGAGCAAAUCGCAUCAUGUCAAAAAAAGGUUUACCCAGUGGCAUUAUGAAAUUUGAAUCUCCCCUUACCCUGGGCAAGCAGCACUCAAAACAGGUUCAAAAGCGAAGAAACAGUAAAGUGCAGCAGGAAUCUGCAGUCCCAAGUCCAGGGCCUAUCGUGCAGAUGGCUGAUAGUUCAGAUAUGGCAGAAUCAGAUGAUGAUGAUGUUAUAUCUGUCACCCGCCUUACUGAAGACACUGAUAAACUACAGAAGGUACGAGACAAGAAGCUGGUUGAAAAGGAUAAAGAGAAUGAAAGCAAGGAGCGUGGAAAGGAAAGAGACUUGGAGAAAGAAAGAGAGAAAGAAAAGGUUGUUAUCAAAGAUAAAGAACAAGAGGAAUGGGAUAAGUUCAUAGGCAAUGAUGCAGAUAAGUUAGCAAUAGUCUCCAGCCCACGUGCUUCUACUGGGAAACCGAAGAAGAAGAAUGUCGUGGCCCGUCCAGGAAAGCCAAAUAAUUUAUCAGGACUGCCUACAAGUCGCCGUAUUCUCAAAGGAGAGCUUGAAAAUGCUGUUGACAACAUUCUCAAUACUGGCACAACACCAUCUCUCACUGAUACCAAAUCACUACAAACUGUGAAAGAGCCGCCCACACAAUCAAUCCAAACACCAAAGCUGCUACUUCAAGAUCAGUUGAAGGAAGAAGAUGUGGGUGUUAAAGUUGUUCAAACAACCACUUCCUUUCCUACUGCACAGAAUUCCUCUCUCCUUCAAGAUUUGUCCAACAUUGAUAUGAUGUCAUUGCCUAUUGACAUAGAGGAACCUGAAGGGGAACUGAACAUUGAGUAUGCACCCCCUACACCUUCACUCAUGCAAGACACUCAUCUGUGUUUCUUUUCUCUUUUGAGAGAUCUAAUUUGCACGGCUCGGGAACAGUCCAUGAGCUUGAGUAACCUCCAAGCUGGACUGCGCAAGUGGCAAGAGAGCCCUAUCUCUCCUCUGAAUGACUGGUACCCUCUAGCUGCUAAUUCAGGAGGUUGGGUCGCAUCUUUGACAUCUGCUCUUACCUUUUUGUCUGGGCAGCUUCCUGAUAUGCACCCUGAUGAAUUUGUACCCUAUCUGGAAUAUAAGCCAGCAUUAAGAAAGUAUCAAUGGAUUGGAGCUGGAAGGGAUUCAGAUAACCUCCUCAUGCCUCUUUGUACUUAUUGGUUAGAAAGACGUGAUGAAGCAGCAGAAAUGCAAUCACGGGAAAACAAGAAAAGACAAGAUCAAUUUAAUUCUGAACGAGACUUGGAUAACAUUUAUGUUGAUGAUGAUGAAAUGGGAGCUACUUUGCCUGUAGAUCCUUCAAAUGACUUUUCUGAUAGAGUUGAGAGUCCACUUCCAUCCUGCAAUCCAACAGACUGGAUAGUUGUACCCACCACCCUGGAGGAGAAACUAGAAUUCCGCUCUCAGGAAUUAGAAAGAUUUGCCAACCCGCUACGAGCAUUUACAUAUAAAAUGCAUGGGUAUGACAGUGUUGUUGGACCUUUACGAGGAGUCUAUUCUACUGGGUCUGGCAAUGUCAAACCAAGAGGUCAUUCCCUGCUUGUCAGUGACAGGCCAAAUUAUGUCACUAUUUUAGCUCUUGUACGAGAUGCAGUUGCUCGUUUACCUAAUGGUCAAGGAACUAGGAUGGAUAUUUGUGAACUUUUAAAAGAUUCCCAGUACUUGAAACCUGGUGCCACUGAGCAAACUGUGCAGUCAGUUGUAAGUGGGGCUCUUGAUAGGCUUCACUAUGAGCCAGAUCCCUGUGUCAAGUAUGAACCUAAGCGAAAGAUCUGGAUUUGUCUCCACCGAUCAAGAUCCAUGGAAGAAUAUGAGCAAAUGCACCAACAGCAACAGGGCAUGGGCAAAUACAAAAACCAACGUAAAACAGGUAGCCGAGUUAAAAAGGAAAAAGAUAACAAAGCAGAGACAAAGGCAGCUGUUGCGACUGUUGCAAAUGCACCAAGACUGGUUCCUCAAGUUGAAGCUGAAGUUACAAAUAUGCCAACUGGUUUACAUACAAUUCAGGUUACCACUAGACCUGCCGUGUCCCUAACAAGUGGCUCAUUAUGGAACACCCCUAUGGAGCUUCCAUUGCUUCCAAGCACUACAUCCUCCACUGCAUCGACUAUGGUCUCAACCCCAAGUGCUACUGCCCCUAUAACCUUAAGCACACCCUCUCCAUCUCCUCGCACCAUUCUAUCAGGCCGGUUGCCCUCGAGUCCUGCAGUUGGUCGCAAGUCUUCAAAGAAGCAAAUCUUGGCAGUUGAAAGUGUUGACACUAUUGCUCCUGUAUCUGCAUCUAAUGUGAGGUCUGUGCUGAGCUCUCCAUCUGCCACUGCAGAUGGAAGUAAACCAGUACAACAACAAAUCCUGAUGGGAGGCCGUCUCAUAUCUUCCACUGCAGGCCGCAAAUCUCUUGUUAUGACAAGCAGUAGUGGGGUGCAACAAGUUAUGCAGCUUGCCACUCCUUCCAAACAGUCUACUGCAGGAACAGUCAUAUCAUCUCAAGGGACCGUUAUUCUAAGUGCCUCGCCCAUAACUGUUAAUGCUAAUACCACAGCAGUGUGUAAUACAACUAGCUCCUCUACAGUACAAUGGGCAACCGUUGCUACAAGUCCUGGUACAGGGCAGAGACCAACCAUGGUGAUACCUCAGCCACAGCAGAGUUCACCAAAGAAGACUGUUGAAGUCAAGAGAACAUUAGCAAAACCGUCUGAAGCAUCAGGACUGACAGGGCUCACUCAAACUGUUACACUGGAUGCCAAUGCUCAGAGACAGCUGAAGCAGCAGCAACAGUUACUCCUCAUGAAACAGCGACAGCAGCAAGCCAUUGCUCAACAAGUAGUGUCACAACAAACUGUUCCACAACAGGUCAUUGCUCAGCAGGUUCUUGCACAGCAAGCGGUUCAGCAACAAGCUGUGACCCAACAAGCUAUUCAACAACAAGUCAUUGCGCAACAGGUAGUUCCUCAACAAAGCGUUGUACAGCAAGGAAUUCAGCCCCAAACUGUACACCAGGCUGCUCAGCAACAAACUGCUCAGCAGCAGCAAAUCCAACAGCACCAGCAAUUUCAGCUCCAGUUACAGCAACAGCAGCAAAUUCAAUUGCAGCAGCAAUUGCAAGCUCAACAACUGCAACAAGUGCAACCCCAACUGCAGGCCAUUCAACCUCAGGAACCCUCGAAGAAUCAAGAUCAUGACCAACGUGUUCAAGCUUUGGAGCUUGACUCUAAACAACAAGAACAAUUACAGCAACAAAAGCAACAGAAAAUCGCCCUACCUACUGUUCAAAAGCAGCAGCUUCAGCAGCAAACCCUUCAACUUUUGCAGCAGCAGCUGAAAGAUAAGCCAGGGGCUCUUAGCCUUUCUAAUAUACAACUAGUGGACCAAAGUGGCACUGUGAUGGCGGUCCAGACAUCCGAAUCUGGAGCCACAAUUGCUCGUCCCAGACAGAACUUGGUUCUUGUCAGGCAAGCUGGUGGUGACCAGGCUGCCCUUACAGCCAUGGUUCAAAAGCAGCAACAACUGUUACUAUUGAAACAGAAGCAGCAGCAAUCGGUGAAAGAAUUAUCUGAAGCUCAACAGCAGCAACUUCAGUUAAGACAAAGACAAGUUCAAGAGUUAUUGAAACAGCAGUUGAAGGCGCAGCAGGCCGGAAAGGUACAGCCAGCAGCAGCCCAGGGACAACUUCAGCAACAAAUUGUAGUAGUUUCUGGUUCGUCUCAACAGCAAGUAAAACAGCAAUUAACAGCUGCUCAACAGAAGCAAGCUCAAACUCAACUUGUAGUCUUAAAACAACCAAGAGGUCAGGGGCAGUUGGUAAAUGCUGUAGGAGGGAUUCUUCCACAACAGAUGUUUGUUGUGAAAACGAAAGCUGGUGCAGGACAGAAGCAGGUACUUACUCAGCUCACAGCUGAGCAGCAGGCAGGUUUGCUUGCUUUACAGCGGCAACAACAACAGCAACUGCAAAUUCAGCAGCAACAGCAGCAACAACCUCAACAGCAAUUGCAACAGCAACCGAUUGCUCAACAACAACACCUACAACAGAAUCCACCUCCUCUUCAACUACAACAACAACCCGUCACUACUGCUGUUAGUCAAAUACAACUUGUGGACCAAAGUCAACAGAGGCAGCAAAUUCAGCAAGUAUUACAGUCACAAGGCAAGGGUGUACGGGGCACCAGUAUAUUAGGACAAGGUAUUCUUACAACUGCUGCUUUAACAAGUUCAACAGUCACAACUGCUAGUGCAAAGCAAGGCCCACCUCCCAUGGUGGCUAAGGUUGUCACAAAUUCUCAUGGUCAACUUAUCACCAUGGAGGCACUUCAGGCUCAAAGUAAAGCAGGAACACUGAGGGUAGCACCGGCUGUAGGCAAAGCAGGCCAACCGAAUCAACUCAUUCAGAUUGCGGGAUCAGGUACUGGGAGUGUCCCCCAAUUUGCUGUUGUUUCCCAAGGAAAUAUAAUAUCACUGGCCAGCUCCAUAAAUACACAACGUAUUGUACCUCAGGCUCUAACUCUUUCGGCAAGUGGUUCAACAACUACAGCAGUCACUGCAAGUAAGAUGUCUGCUGGAAUUAUGAAUGCCACCAUUUCUCAACCAUCAGGCAAUUUGCGUAUGGUUGGGGGAACAGGUUUAAAUAUUGCACAUAUUGGAGGGAAGCCAGUUCUUCUAGCAAGCAAGCAACAAGGUCUACAGGGGCAGAAUGUCAUAUUGACUUCGCCUGGUGGUGGUCAGCAAACUGUUCUUUUGGCCUCACAACCAUUGCGCCCUGCAAGUUCAGUAUCUGGAACUACUAGUCAACCAGCAGUAACAGCUGCUGCAGGUUCCAAUGCUGUUGUACUACAGCAGGCUGGUGGGACGCAGCAAAUCCUUCUCCCUCCAGGUUUUCAAGGCGGCACCAUUAACCUGAAAAGCAUACAAGGUAUCCAGGGACUACAAGGACUUAAAGUAAUUCCUGUAGCACAGGCAACUCAAGCUGAUGGAACAAAAGGUCGCUCACAAAUGUUUGCUAGAAUAAUUUCUCCAUCAACUGUGAGAGCGUCAGGAGUCCAGCAACAGCAGGCGAUUGGAGUUGCGGUUGCUGCAGCAGGUACCGCUGGCACGACCACUGUGGCAGCAGCACACUCAGCACAGGCCCCUGGGCUUGGAACACCAAUUACACCCACCACUACUAUUUAGGCUCAAAUUCAUAAUCAAUCAAGGAGAAUUAAAUAUUACAGUACUGUAGUAUAUAGUUUCCUUGCCCUGUGUUCAUGGAAUGUGAAAUGUUCUGUUAUUUUUAUAAGAAAAUCAUUUUAUAAAGCAAACAAAUUAUUUAUUUAUUUUGUAAGUUUGGAUAUUUUUGGAUUUCAUCAAAGUGAGCAACUGCUUCAUUAAACAGUCCCUGUUUUAACCUGUAAGGCAUUGUUGAUUCUUCUCAAUUAAGGUAGUUAGCACCUACUGAUUUUGUACCUGGUAGUUUAGGAGUUGAACCUGUGAAAGAUGAGUUAAAAUAAUGUUGAAUUGGACUUUUUUUUGUGUGUAUUUUCUCUGUUUCUUUUCAUCUCUAUUACAUCUUUCAGAAAUUUUUUUUCAUUUCUUCAUGGGAAGCUUUUAUGAAAGCUCAGGUUUUGUGUGGUACAACAUCUUUUAUCUGAUUGUUGUGUUUGUGUGAAUGAUGUACUCACUGUUGUAUUCAUUCAAGUGAACUCGUUUCAGAGAAGGAUGUGAAUGUUUAUUGCAAAAUCUCUGAAGUAUCCCAUUCUCAUGACUAUAAGGAGCUUAUACCAAAGACUAAUAAUUUUUGUGUGUUUUUACUAUUUUGUUUGUGGUCCAUUGUGUGUUGAAGUCCUUGUCGAUAGUAGUAUGAGAGUCUUAAAAUUAAUCUUUUCCUUGGGGCCAGAAAUAUGGAUGGACAAGCUCAUUAAUUUAACAUUUGUCCAUUGCCCGAGUAUUUUUGAGUUUGUAAAUUUUAAUUCAGUGGAGUCUCACUUUAACAGUGAAUACACAUUCAAUGGAAAUAAGGCUGAUUUUAAAUCUCAUAUUGUGCUAAUUGUAAUAAUCUGACAAAUCAAUAAUCAUUUUUAUGUAAAUACUCCUAUAUCUGUUUUAUCUGUUCUUCACUCAUUUAAUUCAAUGUCACCAGGAUGAAAUCUAUGGAUAAUAGUAGGUUAAGAAAUGAUUUUAUUGUGCCAUUUCCUUUAUCUCAUUGGAGCACUUGAUAUGAGAUUGUGAAAUACAGAAUGUUUUGACCUGUUUA